GUUACAUGCCACGCUAGCUGUGGAUUGAACUUCCGCAAAAACGUGCAAAAAGCAAACCUUAGGGAGGGAGUUGUGCAAGGCCCGCUCACUGGACGUAUUCUUGGCAGCUGCGCGUCGUGCAUUUAUAUAACCGCUGGGCUAUUGAGCAAGGAGCAAGCAGCGAGGCUGGACUAAAAAGACGAUGAGGCUCGCCGCGCUGUGGUGCGGCGCGAGCGCCCUCGUGGUGCGCCAGCAGCCGACGCGACGGCGGUUGAGAAUAGCGCCGCGCAUGGCCGUGAGCGAGAUCGCGAUGCCGGCGCUCUCGUCGACGAUGACGUCCGGGCGCGUGGUGAGCUGGCUCGUCGGCAAGGGCGACAAGGUCGAGGCGGGGGACCCCGUCAUGGUCGUCGAGAGCGACAAGGCGGACAUGGAGGUCGAGUCCUUCGAGGAGGGCUACGUCGCGGCGAUCGUCGUCGACGAGGGCAGCGACGCGGACGUCGGCGUGGCCGUGGGCUACCUGGCGGAGACGGCCGAGGAGGCCGCGGCCUUCGAGCCCGGCGCGGCGCCGGCGGCCGCGGCGCCCGCGGCGGCGGCGGCGCCGGCCGGCGACGCGCCCGAAAGCGUAUCAGUGACGAUGCCGGCGCUGUCGUCGACGAUGACGAGCGGCACGAUCGUGAGCUGGCUCAAAAAUGUUGGAGACAAGGUCGAGGCCGGCGACCCCGUCAUGGUCGUCGAGAGCGACAAGGCCGACAUGGAGGUCGAGAGCUUCGACGAGGGCUACGUGGCCUCCAUCCUGGUGGACGAGGGGUCGGAGGCGGACGUCGGCGCCGUCGUGGCGCUCCUCGCGCCCGACGAAGCUUCUAUUGCAGAAGUCGCGGCCUUCGGCGCGCCGGGCGCGGCGGCCGCCGCGCCGGCGCCGGCGCCGGCGCCGGCCCCGGCGCCCGCAGCCGCGCCCGCCGCCUCAUCUUCGUCGUCGGGCUGGGUCGCGACGCCCGGCGCGACGACCGCCACACCGAAGGCUCGCAAGCUUGCCAAAUCGAAGAACCUCGACCUGGCGACCGUCGCCGGCACGGGGCGGUUCGGGCGCGUGACCGAGGCCGACGUCGAGCAAGCCUUGGGCAUCGCGAAGCCCAAGAAGGUUGAGUUGGUGCCCGCGGUGGCCGGUGAGGCGGCCGCCCCGCUGGGCUCGGUCCCGAUGACGGGCAUGCAGCAGGCCAUCGCCAAGAACAUGGAGGCUACGCUGUCUGUGCCUGUUUUUAGGGUCACGAAGACCGUGGCCACGGACGCCUUCGACGCGCUGUACCAAAAACUCAAGCCGGACGGCGUGACGGUGUCCGCUUUGUUAGCUAAGGCCUGCGCCAUCGCUUUGGUGAAGACGCCGCUCAUCAACGCGGCCUACGGUGCGUCUGGUACGAUCGAUUACAACGACCACGUGAACGUGGCGCAAGCGGUGGCACUAGAUGGCGGCCUCAUCACCCCUACCUUGAGGGAUGCCGACAAGCUAUCCCUCACGGACCUCUCGGCGGCCUGGAAGGAUUUGGUGGGCAAAGCGAGAAGUGGCUCCCUCAAGCCCGAGGAGUACCAGACCGGUACUUUUACGAUAAGCAACCUGGGGAUGUUCGACGUGGCCCAGUUCGACGCCAUCCUGCCGCCGGGCCAAGGGGCGAUAUUGGCCAUCGCGUCCAGCAAGGUCGUGCCCAUCCCCAUGCCCGGCGCGGCUCUCGGUGUGGGGCUCCAGAAGCAGAUGACGGUGACGAUCACGUGCGACCACCGCAUCAUCUCGGGCGCCGACGCGGCGGCCUUCCUCAAGGACUUCGCGGCGGCCGUCGAGAACCCCCAGUCCCUGGUUUAA